AUGAUCGAUAACUCAAAUGAAGUAAUGCUUCGUGAGCGGAACUCGACUAAUAAUAGUAUUCAUGAUUACAAUAAUAAUUCAAGUAAUAUUCAUUCGUUACAUUCACGUUUACUUUCACGAAAAAUAUCGGAUAAUAAUAGUAAUUACCAACAUCAACAUUUACAUCAACAAUCAAUAAAUCAGUAUUAUGAUGCAUCAUCAUUAACACCUGUUCAUACUUCAAAAUCAUUAUCUCAUGCUAUACAUUCAGAUACAUCUUAUGAUACUGACGGCGCACUGGGAAUAUCUAGGAAUACAUCAAAACAUCAUCUUCAUAAUAGUGGUAAUUAUGAAUUUUUGGUAUCACCAAGAUUACCUAUACGACAAUCACUGAAACAGUCAUCAAAACAAGUGCCAGUUGUUUCACUUCAAUAUCGAUUAUCAGACAAAGCUCAUCUUACUGCUCAUUCAUCUCUUCCGAGUACUCAAAAUGAUUAUGAUAGAGAUGAAGAUUUGAACUACGACAAUAAUAGACGCCAUCGGGUUCAUCACUCAUCUAUUCCGAGUGAAAACCAUAGAGCACAUGGUAUUCGUUUAAGUGUACCACCAGAACGUGGUAGACUGCUUGCUGCUACACCUUCAGUUAGACCAUUCAGAAUCAUUUUUGUCCGUCAUGGUGAACGAGCCAAUCAAGCACUUGGUCCAGAUUGGUUUAGUAAAGCUUUUCGUACACAUACAUAUAAAGCUUACGAUCCAAAUUUACCACUUUUGUUGCCAAAAAGACGUUUUAAUCAAGCGUAUGAAUUUGAUGUACCAUUAACAGUUCGUGGUUUAAAAACUGCUCGUCUUACUGGACGUGUUCUAAUGAAUCAUAAUCUUGUAGUUGACAUCUGUCUUUCAUCAACGGCUCUUCGUUGUGUACAAACAUGCGAACGUAUUCUAACAGGUAUGGAACGUCGUGAUCAUAUUCCAAUUCGUAUUGAACCUGGCCUAUUCGAAUGUCCUCAUUUUAAUUAUAAACUAGUCGAUAGUUUUAUGACGAAAAAAGAAUUAAUAGCAAAUAGAUAUAAUAUUAAGCGUGAAUAUAAACCAAUAAUUCCAAAAGUAACUGUACCAGAAACAUUAGAUGAAUAUUUUGAAAGAAGUGUUGUUGUUAUGCGUGAAAUUAUUGAUAGAUAUGGAAUUUAUGGUGGUACAGUACUUAUUGUUACACAUGCACCAGGUUUACUAGCUUUGACUAGUGCAAUAAAACGAUUAAAGCCAAAUAUGGACACUUUUUAUCGUACUGUGUCCACAUAUCCACCAUUAGCAAUGUUUGUUGCUGAAUAUGAUGGUUCAAAAUGGAAAUAUUCGGAUCAACCGUUUAAUCCUAUUUCGAAUGGACAAUAA